AUGUCUACUCUGUCUAACCGGAGAGUGUCCAUGCCCGUCAUACCAUCCCACAAUACUUGGCCGAGACGUGCACUCACACCGCCACCUCCGUCGCAUCUGAAACCUGGUGGUGCCCGUCCACCUCGUGCAGAUGUCGAUUAUGCCGUCAGUCGAGCGGAGGAGCGGUCCGGUCUCAACACCUGGACCUUUGACAUCAGCAGCGAAGAAAGAGUUCAAGCCUUUCUAGACUCUCACCUCGGAUUCGACGGCCGUGUUCAAACUUUAUGCUGGGUCCUUGACUUCAUCGGCGGCCGCCAAGUACUCACCGGUGAUCGAGUCAUCAAGCGAGUGUCCUGCAGCCUAGAAGUGUCGGCCGUUGUCGACGCCAUGCUCGGGCAUGACACCCAGCAUGCUGUCUUCAGCCUCCGCAUAGACACUUUUCACGAGAAGUCUAGAACCGUGCACCCGUCGGGACCUCUCUACGCCUACCUCGUCAUCGGACGGGACCGUGUAUCGGACAUCUACAAGGAGAACUACAGGCUCCACUUCCACUCGUACGAGCCAAUAUAUCCCCGGCUUCUGGAGGCCCUUGCCGCGGUGUCCGACAGCAUGCGUGGCGGCGAUGAAGCCGGUGAUGGCACGUACUUCAGAAGCGCCAUCAUACAGCAUUUUAUCUCCUCGUUUGCGAUGCGCUUUUUCAGCUGCGAGGUUGACUCGGGACGGGCGUACCUCCAAGACGAUCUGAACCUACCGGUCGGGCACAAUAUGCAUAGUCGGCGCGCUGUUGAGUCAUUAGGCUCUGUAGGUCAACUUGCAUUCGGCUAUGCUGGCGAUAUGCCACUGAAUGCCGAGGAAGAGUGGCAUGAUCUGGGUGAGGAAGCAUCAUAUUUGUAA